AUGGAACCUACUUUUCCACUAUUUCGACUACCCGAGGCUGUUAUCGUCCACGUGCUCCAAAACAUGAAUCUCAAUGAACUAUUUAUCAUCUCCCUGAUCUCAUCGAAAACCAAGAGCCUUGUGACAUCAUUAGGCAUAGAAGCCCGUUAUGUUGGCAUCAUCAUUUUUUGUACAAUCAGUAUAAAUGUGUACACUACAAAAUCCCAUACUCUGAACUUUUACGAUGAUUCAAAUGAUCAGAAUCCGUUAUCCCCCGUAGAUAUUUCUCUCCCAGUUGCUGCUUAUUUUGAAUAUCAAAGCAAAAGAAUCCAGGCUUCCACUCCAUUCAAUUUCAACGAUUGGAUGAAUCACAUUCGGACAGUAUUCUGUUUCACUAAUCAACAAGAUCUUAGUUUUUGUCGAGGUUGUGAGAGAUUUGAGGUUCAAUCGUUGAAAGAUACAAUUGGAAAUGUCGAUGAUCUCUACGUGGCUGAUGAAGUAACUGAUGUUUAUAGCCAGGAAAUUUUGAAACAUUUCAAUGCACCCAACGAAUUAUUUCUGCAUAGAAAUCCAUUUGACAAAGCUUGUGAAAUUCAAAAACCCUUUAUUCAAAACUUCCAAAGUAUUGUAUUUCAUGACUUCUUUUCGUUGGAUGACAUGUUAUUGGUCAAUAUUGAAAAAGUCAUGUUCGCAAAACCAAUAUCUCAGAAACAGUUCAACCGAUUCGUCAAACACUGGACCCGUGGUUCGAAUCCAAGACUGCAAUGCAUGUCUCUAUUUAUCGAAAUUACUAAUUCCGUGAGCAGAGAAGAGCCUUUGAAAGGAAUUGAUUAUGUUGAUGUGGCAGAAGAAGAUCAACUAGAAAUCUGUAGGAAGCACAGAAUUAAGAGUUAUUAUAUGGUUCAAAUCAGACGAAAGGAUGGGACACCUGCAGUGAUUGCGGCCGAGGAUUUCGGGAAUGUUCUUCAUGUUAAUUUUCUUGUUUUUUACUAA